AUGCCCUUUUAUUCAUUUUUCAAAGGUAUUUUUACUUAGAAGACUACCUACUAUUAUCAAAGGAAAGUUGUCAAGAAGAAUAUGCUGAUAGUGGUAGCUAAACCAGAGGAUGAAGCUGAAUUUUUCUUGCCAGUAAUUGAUUACAUGAAACGAUUCAAUCACAUCUACAUAUUAGCCAUCUCAAAUGGGAGUUAAGAUGGGAAUGGGAAGCAAAAAGAGAAGGAAUUCGCUGCUAGUUGCAAAUUAUUAGGUAUAGAGGAUUAUGCUGUAUAUGAUGAACCUGAUUUGCAAUUUGGGGAAAAAGAGUUUUGGGAGUCUGAUAGAGUAGCAGAUGUAAUCACCAAGCAUUUGACCAGUAGAUAGGGAGAAGGUGAAAUUGAUUUUAUCAUUACCUACGACGCUAAUGGUUAGACUUAUCAUCCAAAUAGAAUGGCAGUUCACAGAGGAAUAUCUAAAGUGUUUGAAGAUCGCAAAUUUACCUUAGAUGUAAUGACUCUCAGAACAGUGGGUAAAUGUAAAAGAUAUUCUGCUUACUUUGAUUGCCAAAAUGUAAUGUACGACACUAUGAACUACUUUAAAAUAUUUCCAAAUGCUGCUAUUAAAGCAAGAGGCUGCUAUAGCACAUCUAAUAAAUCCAGGAAUAUCCUCAAGGCAAUAUUCUGCAGAUAUACCUAUUUGAAUGAUCUUGAGCAUUUCACUCACACUCCUGAGAAAUAUGGAGAAAAGAAGAAAGAAGAAGUUAAAUAAUCUGAUUAAAAAGAGAUUAAAGAAUGA